AUGUCUCAAGUCGCUACCUACUACUCUGACGACGCGUCUCCCGGCUCCGGCAGCCCUACCGAGCACAAGGUCCACACCAACGGCGGCGCCGUCAAGAACUACGGGAACGGCGUCGACAAGCUCGCCUACAGCGACGAUGAGGCGGAUGUGAAGCUCAAGAGCACGGACGGGAGGGUGUUCAAGGUCCACUCUUACCUUCUCAAGGCUCAGGGGCCCCACUUCCGCUCCCUCCUCGUUCACCCUCCCUCGGACCCCAUCCCCAUCGACGCCUCCACCAAGAUCCUCAAGCUCGUGCUUGACCUCAUGCACCUCAAGCCCGCCCCCUCCGGCGCUAUAUGGGCGUACCGCACCCAGAUCCUCAAGCUCUGCGACGACCUCCAGCUCAAGGGGGUCGCAGAGCGCGUCCUCUUCAGCAUGCACGAGAACGUCGAUAAGGAUGCCUGGGCGGUCUUCUGCCUCGCCAGCCAGCACAACAGCAGCGCGCUCGCUCGGUCGGCCCUUCGCGCGAUGGACAACGGGGAGGGUAAGGAGGGAGGCAUCAAGCUGGACAAGCUCGGUCCGGAUGCGGUCAAGGGGGUCGCGACGCCGUAUCUCCUCGGCGUGUUUGCGGCGGCGCUCAAGGCGGCGGAGGCGGCCGACAAGGGGGUCCAGGUCGGGUGGAAGGAGGUUGCAGCCAACUUUGUCCCGAUCUCGGUUUGA